CGCUCCAGCCUCCAGCCACACUGCUCACUCACUUCACUCACUCUCCUCGCAGCGGCCGGAAGAAGCGACAGCCGCCGGGAUUUCGCCGGCGAUUAUUGCCCUUCCGCCGCGGCGUUCGUCUCCAUCUCCGGAUCCGAGUGUUCAGCUGGAAAGAUAGCAGAUGGAUGCUGCUGCUGCUGAGGAGGUUCCCCACCGCCGCAGCCGGCAACGGGUCGAGCUGUGCGUAGAUGGCGAGACAGAGCGGACAGGGGAUGCCGUAUCCAAGGUCCUCGGCGACGACAACCUUCUUAGGGAGAUCAUCGUCCGGGUCGGCUUCCCCACCACCCUUGUCCGUGCCGCCCUCGUGUGCAAGCGCUGGCUCGGGCAUGCCGCCGACCCCGCCUUCCUCCGCCGUUUCCGCAGGCUCCACCUACCCUGCCUCUUAGGCUACUACAUCUCCUAGUGGUCGGCCGAGUCGGAGCAGCAAGUUGCUCCACACUUUGGCUCGAUGCUGCUUGUGCCCCCAGAGCAUUCUGCCCUCGACACCUGCCACCUUUCAGCUCCACGCUUUGUUCCGAUGCUACCUCAGCCCCAAGAGCUUGCCACCGUCAUCCGUCACCUUGCUGACUACAGGUUCGGUGACCAUGAUGGCAGUUUGCAGAUCAAACGCUUCCAGAACGGCACCGCCUUCACCAGGCGCAGCAACAGAGGUACAAAAUUGACACUUGGGGUGCACCGCCCGCUGUGCCCUGAGAGAGGUAUGCCCACCGUCCCACUAUUCCCAUGCGUGGACCGCAAUCUUCAAUGGUUCAGUUCAAUGCUCUUGAAAGAAGGCGGCGACGGUGGCUUGUCCUACCUGUAUGUGUUGGGUACCAAGGAUUCGGGGAAGUUCCUGGUGCGUGUGUAUGUGUUGCAAGAUGGUGUUUGGUGCCUUCAUACCGCGGCCACGUGCCAGCCCCGUCCUAUGCAUAUUGAACCAAAAGCUGUGCUCAUCCACAAAAAAAUCUAUAUGCCGUCCGGCAACAGUGACGACAUUAUUGUCUUGGAUAUGACGACAUCAAUCUUCUCCACAAUUCAGCUGCCACAAGGAGUUAGGUAUAACUAUUUUCGGACCAUGUUGUCUCCAGCUGAUGAUGCAUCCGGUGUAUAUCUUGUCCAUAUCAAUGAAUUUCAACUUCACAUAUGGCUCUCCAAGGGGGACAAUUGGUUGCUGGUUGAUACCAUUUGUUUGAGGAUGUUAGAUCACACUCUUGAGGACGAGCAUAGUGCCAAUGCGCAGAUAAUUCAGGUGGGAGACAAUGCUGAAUAUGUGUUCUUGUGGAUGACUGGACGCACACUCUAUCUAGACGUCAUGAGAAAGGCAGUGCAUAAAGUGCAUGAGAUGCCAAAAAAGGAUGGACAUUUCAGUGUUGUCAAGCCUUUUAUGAUGUUAUGGCCACCCAUAUUCCCUGUGCUCAAGGAUGACCCUUCAAGGAAUGCCAUCUGAAGAACAAGGAUAUGUGGGAGCUUUUGGAUGGUCAGUGAACAAAGGCGCCAGCAAGGAAGAGAAGAGAGCUGCAUUUCCUUACUUGCAGUUCUAGUUACUAUCUUUGUUAUAACUUGUAGACUGUAAUGGAUGAAAUAGGAUACUAUGUACCUUGCAGUUCCAGUAUCAUGACUGAUUGCGACCGAGGUUUGUGUUUCGUGAAGAAGACUCCCCUUGUAUGUUUAUUAGUGAUAUUGUCUGAUCUGCUUGCAUCACAAUGUUGUGUUUGCUCUA